AUGGACGAAACCUCCCGCCUUUGGGACGCUUGCCAAGUCAUCAAAUCGGGCGUUUCGAACAUGGAGAGCUACUACUCGACCGACUUCGGCUUAGCCGCCUUUCGCGAUGACCAUCGUGCCCUAGACACCCAAAUUUUUCGACAGGUGACUCGGGCAAUCAACCGAUGCCAACGAGAGUUGAUCCCGUUGCAACAAGAGAACAAGAGCAUAACCGAAACAAAAGUCGAGCCCCUAACGCUCGGAAUCUACCGAGAAACGAAGCUCCAUAGAUACAACGAGUUCCAAGGGGCCCUACACGCGAUGAUGAGCGUCGACACGUUGCUCCUCGUGAUAUUGGUAAGCGGACUUGUCUACUUUAAUUUGGCCCGAAACAAGCUUAUUCGCCCUAGAAAACGUGCAACACAAAGAUAUUUUGAUGAGCUCGUUCAACAGCUCGGAUUUCGUGGCCUCGAGAGCGAAGGUCUGGAAGCGACGUCGGCGACGAGUCCUGUACGGCCGUCGAAGCACACGAUCUCUCUCCCUCUGCCGCCCGAUUUCCGGCAAAUAAGGACGUUGUUGGGAAUCCAGAGCACCAUGAUAAGUCUGCUCCGAAAAUCCCUUCAAUACUCAACAGAUGUACUGAACUCUCCUCGUGGCACAAUCUUUUUGCGAAGAAAUUUGGGUUUGUGCAUAGGAAUGCCUUGGGCUUUGACUGCCUGCUUUCUUUACGUCAUGGAUUUUGAUGGUUAUUGGAAACGAGAUAAGGAAGUGUACGAACGUUGGAUCAAGGAUGCUAGAAAACAGUUGAAGCACUUGAGGAAGAAAAGGGAGGAAACAGAGCGUUCUAUUGAGAGGUUACAAGCAGCCACUGACAUGUGA